AAUGGAAGAAACUACUAUUGCGAAAUUGACGUCACUCAAGUCAGUUGUGUCAAGUGGGGAGGCUCUAUCCGAGGAAUUGGCAAAAUCAUUCUUUCAAAUCCUACCGAGUUCACAGCUUAUUAAUUUCUUUGGUAGUACAGAAACAACCGGCGAUGUUACCUUUAUUGUUCUUCGGAGCAUUGAAGAUGUUGUAAAAUAUAGCCACGAUUCAAUCGUAAGCAUUGGAGUACCUCUAGAAAAUACUAUUAUAGAGUUAAUUGAUAAUUAUGGACAACACGUGAAGUUAGGAGAAGUAGGAGAGAUUUUGGUAACUGGUUCUAAUGUUUGUGCAGCAACGAUAUGUGAUGGUAAUUUAGUCUUAUAUGGAGAGAAUAAGCCGAUUAAAAUGGGUGACAUGGCCUUCAUUGAGGAUGGAAAUCUAUAUUAUUCAGGAAGAAUAGAUUGGCAGAUUAAAAUAAGAGGUCAUCGGAUUAAUCUGCAACAAAUCGAAGAGCUGGCUAAUUCUCAUCCGGAUGUUAAGAGAAGCGUGCUAUUUAAUAGAAGUGAAACCAAUACAGAAAAUCGUCUUAUACUCUGCUAUGAGGGUCAAAUUGAUGAGCGUAAAUUAGAGUCUUAUUUGGCUGAUGGCCUACCACAAUAUUCCGUUCCUAAUGUUGUUGCUAGAUUGCCUAAGAUCGCUUUACAGAAACACACCGGAAAAAUUGAUCGUAAAGCUACUGAAGCUGCUUAUAUUGAAAACGUAAAAAGUUCACUGGAAUCGGUUAACCCGGAUAAUAUAGAAAAGUAUAUUUUGACGAUAAUCUGUACAGAAUUAUGUCUGCCACUGGAAAGGAUAAGCGUCCAAGAUUCAUUUUUUCAUUUAGGUGGAACGUCAACUUCAGCUGUAAUUACUGUUGCUAGACUAAAGGAAGUUGGCUAUUCAAUUACGAUAUCUCAGUUCCUCAAUUGUAAGCUUUUGGAUGAUGUCAUUCAAACAAUCGUGGAGAAUCAGAAUCAAAUACAAAUAUCUGAUAUAAAUAAUGAUAAAUUCCAUACUAGACCAUUGAGAGCUGAUGAUAAAUCAGAGGUUUUCAGACAAUGCGCAUUGGCCUUUUUAACGAAAACGCCAUUGGAUGUAGCUGCCGGUGUUACCACCGAAAGUUUUUACCAUCUAUUAGAAUCGGGAUGGAAAUAUACACUUGACAGUGGUGUAUCGCUUGUGGUUGAAAAUAACGAUGGAAAGGUUGUUGGAGGAACUAUGUUGUUUGAUUUAGCAGCUCCCGUCGAACCAUCUUUUGUAGGUCCUGCUGAGAUGGUUGGAAAUAUUCUCAAUGAACUUGAACUUCCUGUAAUUGAGGAAUACUGUAAAGAGGGUCGAUGGCUAGAUUCUUUCGCAGAAUUUACUGAUGAUUCUCUUCAAGGGGAUGAGAACGCAAUGAUAUUAUAUAAAUUAGGUCAGGAAAAGAUUAGAGUAGGCGUAGAAAAAGGUUUUGACGGUAUUAUAACGGUAGACGCCCAUCCAGUGACUCUGGAAAUGGACUUAAGAUUAUUUGGUUAUAUCGAGAUCAAAAGAGUUUAUCCUAAGUUUUGGGUUUUUAACGGACAAAAACCAUUUGAUGGAUUGCGGGAUGACUAUGCUGUAAGUUUCUUUGGAUUUGGCCCAAGCGCCGAUAUCGAAGUAGUUCUCGACGGCCAUGAAUCUCGUAAAUUAGCUGAUAUCAAAACUGAUGAUGGAAAGAAAGAAAGAUGUUACUUGUACUAUGAUGGCGAGACAGUUUCCGGAAAGGUAAAUAUUAAUAUGAGGAAAGCUGGCUCAAAACUGGAACAUCAAGGCAUUAAGAUAGAAUUUAUAGGUCAAAUCGAAUUGUAUUACGACCGCGGGAACCAUCAUGAGUUUACAAGUUUAGUCAAAGAAUUGGCAAGACCGGGUGAAAUAACUUCAAAUUCUAGUUAUGAUUUCGAAUUUGUUCAAGUAGAAAAGCCAUAUGAAAGUUAUACAGGAGCGAAUGUAAGAUUAAGAUACUUUUUACGAGUGACAGUUGUGAAAAGAAUAACGGAUUUAGUGAAAGAAGUUGAUAUGAUUGUGCAUACAUUAGCCCAAUACCCAGAAAUGAAUAAUUCUAUAAAAAUGGAAGUUGGAAUAGAAGAUUGCUUGCACAUUGAGUUUGAAUACAAUAAGUCAAAAUAUCACUUGAAAGACGUUAUUGUUGGUAAAAUAUACUUUCUUCUAGUACGAAUUAAAAUAAAAUAUAUGGAAAUUCAAAUAAUUAAGAGGGAAACUACUGGAGCCGGUCAGAAUUCAUUUAGUGAAAAUGAUACUAUAGCUAAAUAUGAAAUUAUGGAUGGUGCUCCAGUCAGAGGAGAAUCCAUUCCAAUUCGUUUGUUUCUUAGUGGAUAUGAGCUAACACCAACCAUGAAGGAUAUCAACAAAAAAUUUUCUGAAAUAACAAUAUUCCGAAAAGCUGAAAAAGUUAGAAAACCUAUACAGCAGGGACAUAAACAAAAGGACCGACAAGUGGCUAGUUUCGAAAAUGCUACAGAGAAUAAUACGCAGUAA